ACGAGGUCGAAAACGAAUUGAAAAACCAUUGUCUGUAGCCAUUGCAUCUCCUUUUUUUUAAUAUAGCUACGCCUUCCCAUACCUUCCUCCCAACCCUCACCAUGAUUCCGCUUGCCAGACAAUCCAUCCUUCGAGCCGCUCGCUCCCAAUUUUAUCCCUCCAGUACAUCUUCGCUCUUCCGGUCACAACAGCUUUCGGCACUCUCCAGAUUACUCUCUACCCUAGCAGUCUUAGAACAAAGGGAUGGAAAAAUUCAGGGUGCUUCGUUGAGUGCAAUUGCAGCUGCCACGAAGCUCGGCGGCACCGUGACUGCGUUCGUGGCCGGAGCCGGAGCAAAGGCUGGCGCGGCAGCGGAGGCUGCAAAGAUUAAGGGUUUAGAUAAGGUGCUUGUCGUUGACAAUGCGGCUUACGACAAGAACUUACCCGAGAACUACGCUCCUCUUUUGGUUGAGAACAUUAAGAAGGGCGGUUUCACGCACGUAAUCGCCCCCCAUUCUGCUUUUGGCAAGAAUAUUUUGCCUCGUGUGGCUGCAUUGUUGGAUGUCCAGCAAAUUUCAGAUAUCAUCGCCAUCGAGAGUGAAGACACAUUUGUGCGACCCAUCUACGCAGGAAAUGCAAUCCUGACCGUUCAAUCAACCGAUCCCGUCAAGGUUAUCACUGUUCGAGGAACUGCUUUCCAAGCCGGUGAAGCCACAGGCGGAUCUGCGGAGAUCGUUGAUGGUGCCGACCCCAACGCUCCAUCACCAACAGAAUGGGUCUCCGAAGACCUCACCAAAUCCGACCGUCCCGACCUUGGUACCGCUAAGCGAGUGGUUUCCGGUGGACGUGGAUUGAAAUCGAAGGAGGAAUUCGACAGAAUCAUGACUCCCCUGGCAGACGCGCUCGGCGCCGCCAUUGGUGCGUCCCGUGCUGCUGUUGACAGUGGAUUCGCCGACAACAGUCUUCAAGUCGGCCAAACGGGCAAGAACGUCGCUCCUGAGCUAUACCUCUGCGCUGGCAUCUCUGGUGCCAUUCAGCAUUUGGCUGGCAUGAAGGAUAGCAAGGUUAUUGCUGCCAUCAACAAGGACCCUGAUGCCCCUAUCUUCCAGGUUGCUGAUGUUGGUCUUGUGGGAGACUUGUUCGAAAAGGUCCCUGAGCUAACUGAAAAGCUGAAGCAGUAGAUAUUCAAGUAUUUGAUUGGCGUUGAACUUGUCCUUUGCAAUAAAAUGAUUUGACAGUCAUGUUUCUCUUUCUUGUCCAGAAUGAAUGUUUUAGAUUGAUUCCUGUAUGUACAGAUACCGUCAUUGCAAAAUAUCUGGUUAAAUUUGAGCUAGGUCUGCAGAUAAAACCUCAUUUCAAUAGAUUCAACGCAGCAAUACC